AUGACAAUAGGUUGGUAUCCAUGUUCUUUCAACGAUGGGUCAUUUAUUAAAACUAUAUCAGAAAAUUUAACAAUGAAAGCCGAAUGUAUAUAUUUAACAAGUCCACUCGAAUGGAAUCAAUUUAAUCCAAAUACAUUCGAUGGUCAAUAUUAUAAUUCAACAAAACAAAUUCCAUUGACAGAUUUAUAUAUGAAACGUUUGUUUUUAUUUUCACUACCACCAGGAAAUGAUUCAUCUACGACACAUAUUAUCAAUUAUUGGCUUAUUAAUGGUGGUGGUGGUUCACAAUUUGCUAUGGAAAAAUUUGGAGUAUCUAUGCUAGAAGAAAUUGUUUUAAAUAAUUAUCAUAAGAUAUAUUCUAAUACACGUCCAAUAAUGUAUCUAUUUCAAUAUAGAGGAGCAGGAAUGAGUAAACCAUCGAUUCAUUGUUAUACAGCAACAAGUUGGACUGAUUGUGCUAAAGAAUUAAUUGAAACAACAGUUCCAUCUUCACCUAAUCAAUCAUUGAAUAUAAUAAAUGCAAUGACAAAUGCUAAUAUUGCACAAGAUUUACAAUAUCAAAUUCAAUAUUCAAUAAAUCAAUCGCAGCCGACAACUCUAACAUCAACUUAUAUUUACGGAUUGAGUCAAGGUAAUUGA